GCAAUGGGAGCUCCUGGGAGAGGACUGGACUGCUGCUUUCCUACUCCGUAUAUUGCAGAAUUCAUGAUGCCAAAGCAUUCAAACAACUGGAGCGGCUCAUUCACAGCACGUAGAAACUGCUCCUGUCAGCCAAUUGGAUAGUAGGAGAAAUAACUCCCAGGAAAACCGAACGAAAAAUAAAUAGCUGUUUAUAAAUAAGCUGUGGUUGUAGUUUGACGUGUGAACGUUUUGUUUUUUGGCUGGAGGAUCUGUGGUUAAUGUUAUCUUUUGCCAUGUACUCAAUAUACUUGGGAACGUUUGAAAAUUUCGGUGGUUGUGAGUUAAUUUGCUUAGUUGAAUUUAGAACGUUUCAUACAUAAAAUAGAGAUGUUUGACUACAUCAGGCGUAUCUUUUAGAAAUGUAUACUGCCUUGAUCAGUAUUUCUUUGUCAUGAUGUGAGAGAUUCUGGCCAGGACUAGUAAGAAUGUCUUUUCAAUCAGCAUAUUGAUUAGAAUGUGUGUUUAAAUAGUUUGGCUUGUCUGUUUGGAAUUGAACUAAUGCAUGCAGUGUUGCAGAUUGAUUUGCACCAAUGUUGGCUCUAAGAACCAAUGGCCAACAUCUAUAGGAUAAGCAAAAGAGGAAACAGUGGAUUGAAAGAAAAAAGUGUUAGAUAAGUUUGUAUGUUUUAAAUUGGAACAAGCAACAUAUAACACUAGUAAAAUAAACUUAAGAACUUAAUUAAGAUGAUUUAUCCUGGUUUUCUGUGGAGCAAACUGAUAUUUAACUAGCUCCUCAUCCUGUGACAAUUCUAUUUAAGGUUGUAGGUAUCUUAGUUGUAGAAACUUUCUACAACCUUUCUUGAUUGAUAAACUUUUUUCUAAAGUUAUUUAGAUCAUAAAAUAGAAACAAAAUUGAGCCAUUUGACCCCUUGAACCUAUUCGCCAUUAAGUGAGAUCAUUGCUGAUCUGCGACCUAACUCCAUUUUCCUGCCUUUGCCUCAUAUGCUUCAAUAACUUUUGGAUGGCAAAAUCUAUUAAUCUCAGUUUUAAAAUUAUGGUUGAUCUAGCAUCAAUUGCUGUUUCCGGAAGAAAGUUCCAAACUUGGCUUGUUGUUUGUUUGGCAAACAUGCAUUCAUAUACCAUUUUUCACUUAAUUAGGACAUCCAAAGUGCUUCAUAGUGUUACUUUUGAAUUGUAGCCACGCUUCUAUUGGCCAAUGUGGAAUUUGUAUACAUAGUAACAUCAUGCGAGCAGUACAAAAGCAAAAUAAUGUGGAUGCUGAAAUCGAGCAAUACUUCAUUAUAUAGUGCACGUGUUUUAGAUAUUGGAGAGAUUCUUGUUGCUUGUAAUCAGAAGGAACAAGACAUGGACGUUAUGAAACCUCUAAUAGAAGUGGCUCAUAGUUCUGAAGGUGUAUCAGAUGAAGAGCAAGAACCUGAAUUAACAGGUUUACACCUACGAAAACCUGGCGAUGAAGAGGGCAUCUCGUUUACCCAAACAUUGAUUCAUUUGUUGAAAGGAAACAUUGGAACUGGGCUGCUAGGUUUGCCACUUGCAAUCAAAAAUGCAGGGCUUAUGCUGGGCCCAAUCAGCCUUGUGCUCAUGGGGAUCGUGGCAAUUCAUUGUAUGCACGUCGUGGUACGCUGUAGCCAUCACUUCUGUCAAAGAUUUCAAAAGCAAAGUCUGAGUUAUGGUGACACAGUCACAUUUGCUUUGGAACAAGGACCGUUCUUAUGUCUUCGAAACAAAGCUCCAUGGGGAAGGGUGACUGUUGAGUUCUUCCUCAUCAUUACACAAUUGGGAUUUUGCUCAGUUUAUUUUGUUUUCCUUGCUGCUAACAUGAAACAGAUAGUGGAAGGUUUUCUGAGGAAUCAUACAAGUUAUAAUGAUCUGAACAGUACCAGAAGCCCAUCUGAUGAGUGGAACGUUGAUUCGAGGAUAUACAUGCUCAGCUUGCUUCCAUUUUUGAUCAUCUUUGUGUUUAUUCGUGAUCUAAAGUACCUUGCAGUAUUUUCUUUUUUGGCGAAUCUCUCAAUGGCUGCCAGUCUCAUUAUCAUCUAUCAGUAUAUUAUUAGGGACAUGCCUCAUCUAGGAAAGCUUCCUCUGGUUGCCAGCUGGAAAAAAUAUCCACUUUUCUUUGGGUCUGCAAUAUUUGCUUUUGAAGGAAUUGGGUUGGUUCUUCCUUUAGAAAAUAAAAUGAUGCAAAGAAAACGCUUUCCACAAGCACUAAACAUUGGAAUGGGCAUCGUCACUGCUUUGUAUGUUUCACUGGCAACCCUUGGGUAUCUACACUUUGGCGAUAGUGUUCAGGGCAGUAUCACAUUAAACCUUCCACAAAAUAUAUGGCUAUACCAGCUGGUGAAAAUCCUUUAUUCCUUUGGGAUUUUGGUAACUUAUACAAUCCAAUACUACGUUCCAGCAGAGAUCAUUCUUCCAGCUGUUUCCGCACAAGUACCUCAGAGAUGGAAGCUACUUUGCGAUCUUGUGGUCCGAACCCUCCUUGUUUGUCUAACCUGUGCCACUGCGAUCUUAAUUCCACGUCUUGAUUUAGUGAUUUCAUUUGUUGGAGCAGUCAGCAGUAGUGCUUUGGCCCUCAUCUUCCCCCCUUUGCUGGAGAUCAUCACUUUUUCUGGAGAAGGAAUCUCUCUCUGGUUACUCCUAAAGGACAUCUUUAUAGCAUUGAUAGGAAUCAUUGGCUUUUUGACUGGAACAUAUGUGACUAUUGUGGAGAUCAUCUACCCAGAGACAGCAUCAAUAAUUAAACCCACGACUGGUCCUUCCAUCAACUUCAACUCUACUGUACUGAGUUCUUGGGCCAAUAGUUCUAGCUUAUGAGCGAAAGGUACUUUAGAGCUGCUACAUUUAGAGGAAUUGUGGAAAUGAUCUACAACUAUGUACUUUACACAACUAUGGAGUGAAAAUGGAAAUACUACAUUGUGUAUUUAAGCUCUUCACUGCAAUUCCAAAGCUCUUACACACUAACAUGUAAGACAUAAUAGUUGUUGAGAAUCUGGUUUUAGCUGCUUUGUAAAUUCUUUUUGUUUGUUUUGAAAAUUUUCAAUACAAGGGGCUGUCCUUUUUUCUUAACAUACAUUUUUUGCCUCCUCUCCUCUCCCACUGAUGGGUGACGUAGGUUGUCUUGCCUAGUAUCCCUCCUUCCAUGUGGGGAAAUGCCUUUCUUCUGCUUAGCACCUCUCUUAGCUAGGCUGAGAUUAGGAACCCAAGAGUCAGGAAGUUGUAAACAUGAAUCAAUGUAGUAACAUUCCUUGGUGCAGAGCAUGAUACAUUUCAUCCUUGUGCUUGUGUCUCAUUGUUUUAUCCAUAGCGAUUUAAGUCAUGUAUAAUGCAAAAACACAUUGAUUUUGAUAUAGAAAAUGGGAUGUAGGCAUUUGAUCAUGUUCUCACAAGACCAUUACAGUCCUCCCCUCUGAUUCUGUCAUUCUGUGAACUAAACUGUAUAAUGCCAGUCCCUCCAGAGCAUUAGCACAAAAGCAGAAUACUCAAUCCAAUAUUAAGUAACUGGUGAACUGAAAAGGAUUAGUAUGAUUAAGAUUUUGUUUCACUUCAAACGUGCUCUGCUGACCUCCUCUUCUGCCUAACUUCCCCAAAAUAAAAUGUAAAUGAAAUUUGGCAACAAAUGAGAUCGGAGUCUAUUCAGUAACCUUCAUGUGAAUGCCAUAAACUCAAAGCUGACCUGCUGUCAGCCCAGCGGCUCUAGCUGAAACUUGCAACACUCCAAUUCUUAGGCCUGUGGUUUGAACUCAAGGUUCAAAUGACAUCCGGAUCUUAAUAUUAUCAAUUGGAAAGUUUUCAGGUUCUUACUUGGACCCCAAGAUGGAGCAUGCAAUAGUGGUUCUAAUGUGGGGGGGAAAGGUGGAAAUCUUCAAGGAAUUGUGUCUUAUCCCAUGUUGUUAACAUUGAUGCCACUCACUGAGCUCCUCAGCUUCAUUUGUCUCAUCCAGAAACCUGAAAGGAGGUUUGAAGACAAGAAAAGCAGGAAAAUUUAAAAGGAGGUAUUAAAGCAAGUACAAUCAUAGACUAGACCUGCAAUUCUUUAAUUGCGCCCUAGUUUUUUAAAUAUGAAACACAAAUUUCUGGCUUCUUCAUUGAUUUGUAAUCCAUAUAAAAUCCUCCUUUAUCGAUCCAAAAGACAGUUUAAUAAGGGGAGUGUACUAUGCAAAAGGAAGCGAAAAGCAAGCAAAAUGUAGAUUUCUGUAUAUAAGUAUAAAAAUUUUAAUUGCCAAGAAGUAACAAUCUGUAAUCUAGUUGUAGUUGGGACUCUCUGACACCCAGCAAGAUAGUCUCAUCUCUAGUAAGAAAAAAUAGCAGAUAUUUGAGUGCGCGCAACUCUCUCAUAUCUUGAAUAAUGAGAGUGAAAUUUAGCUAGUUUGGAAAUAAGACAACGUGGAGACAUCCACCUGCUUAAGGAUUCAAUCUAUGUCAUAUUUUUUACAAAUAACAUGUAUUUCUUCAAUCUAAAACCCAUCCACAGCAGUCAGGAAGAAGGCUGCACCAGAGUUAUUUAAAUAGAUUCUCAGUUUCAUUCAGGUAAGUCUUUAGUUUGUGAUUUUAGACUGCCUGAGGACUUUUAGGUCUAUUUCUGCCUGUGUUGACUGCUCUAGCAGAGUUCACAAAUUGUGGCGAGUUUAUUGUGGAGCUGUAGAACAAUUUCUGCCCAGGGGCUGAUGAGGAAAGUUGCUCUGACAACACGGGUAUGUGGAUCAGUCUGCCAGUGGUGCUGUGGAAGGAGGAAGAGAUGAGCUAGAGUGCUGAGACCAACAGCAACCAACAGCUGGAGAAGUGGGUAUAUAUAGGAGGGGAGGACACAGGAGGCCUUACCACAUGCAGGUCUACAGUAACAGGGCGUCUUAUAUCUGAUAAACUAAGGGACAGGGUGUCCAGUGGCCUUGCUUCACUGGGGAUCCUGUGACAGUACCAUGUCACCAGCACCAAAUACAGCCCACAAUCGGUCAUAUCCUCAUUGCCUGUGGCUCCAAAUGUCUAUGCUCAGGAUCACUGCAACCUGCAACAGAUGACAUUAAUAGCAUUGGUCAAUUUGCAGUGCAUUUGAGCAUCAAACAGGUGACUAAUGUGCUCUGCACUAAACAAAAUAAAUUCAUCACUUUCCUCAGUUGAGCAGGAAAGCAGGAAGAUGGGGCUCUGGUAAUCACCAGGAAACAGCAUUCCUCCAGGUGCAGGGCAAAUUGACCCACACCCUAAUAGCCUUGUAUGCUCCAUAUAAGGAAACUGGAAUGUACAUGAACAGGAAGAACUUCCACUGACUCAAUGCCAGAAACUCAAGCAUAGAGACAGAAGAGUGUUACCUCCAUAGUCACUGUACGGAGCACCAGUUGAGCAAACAAUUGGGAGCUUGAAGCAAAGGUUCCACUAUCUGGAUAGAUGUGGAGGCGUUCUAUGAUAUAGCCCUGAGAGAGAGUCUCCAGUAUCAUUGUCAUUUACUGCAUGCUCCAUAACUUUGCCCUGCAAAAAGAACAACUCUUGGACCACCUGAGGGGUUGGGGAGAGGGGGUGGAGAAGUGUUGGUGGUGCAGGAGCAGGAAAAGCAGUAGAAAAUCAAGAUUACCAAGGAAGGGCAGGAACCACCAGUCCUACCUGCUGCCAGAGAUUUAUAGCGAAUGCUUUGUUUGAAUCAUUGCCAUCCUCCUGCACCAACAGUCUCUCCUACCAUCAGAUCCAGUCAUUGCGCCCACCAGAUGAAUGUCUUCCGUUUCACCAUCAGCAUGGGAUUCGUUGCCUUUCAUGGUCAAACACACACCAGUCCAAAGAGACAGUGCACAGGAACAAAGUGGACCAAAAUGGUUCAGUUUGUCCAACAGGUAAGAGGUACUUGCUACUUGUAUGGAUGAGAAGGACCCCAGGGUGGAUGAGCAGACUCACCAUGGCACCAUAGUGAAAGAAGCCAUUCAAGUGGGAGAAACAAAAAGGAAUUUGGUAGUGAAAGGAGAGAGUGAAGUCAGGGAGAUAGAUAUUAUUCUCAGCCAUAAUGGGAGCUCUGAAGGUUGUGUUGUCUGCCCAAUGCCAGAGUUAAAGACAUCUCCUCCCAGCUGGAGGAGAACUUGGGAUCCAGUUGUAGUGGUCCAAAUGGGAACCAAUGACAUAGAUAGCACCAGGGAUGGCAUUCUGUUAAGAGAGUUUGAAGAGUUAGAGUCCAAAUUAAAAUGUAGAACUUCAAAGGUUUGUUACCUGAGCCACAUGUCAAUUGGCAUAGGGUCAAGCAGAUUAGAGAAUUAAAUGUGUGGCUCAAAGAUUGUUGUGGGAGGAAGGGAUUUUGAUUCAUGGCAUCAGUAGUCAGGGAAGAGUGUGGAGAUUCUGUUGGGAUGGGGUCUACUUAAACUGGGCUGGGACCAGUGUCCUGGCCAAUUGUAUAACUAGGACUUUGGAAAGGGCUACAAACUAACUGGGGGGGGGGGGAGUAGUGGGGUUCAGGUGAAGGGAGAUUUAGAGAUCAAGAGAAAGGCCGAGGCAUCAAAACAAUGUAGCAAUGUGGGGAAAGACAAGCAGAUUGGGAGAGGAAGAGAUAGAGUGUUUAACAUGAAUUGUACAUUAGUGAAUAAGAUAAUUGCAGCAAAUAAUAGUAAAAAGAUUAAAUUAAAUGUUCUCUAUCUGAAUGCAUGAAGCAUCUGAAAUAAGAUGAAUGAACUAGUGGUGCAAAUAGAGGUAAAAUGCUUUAGAUUUAAUUGCCAUUGCAGAAACAUGGUUACAAGGGGAUCAAGGUUGGGAAAUAAAUAUUCUAGGGUAUACAAUAUUUCAGAAAGACAGACAGAAUGUCAAAGAAGGAGGGGUAGCCCUGAUAGUAACGGAUGGCAUAAGGUGAGAAAGGAUCUGGCCUCAGAAGAUCAUGAAGUAGAAUCAGUAUGGGUGGAAAUUAGGAUAAGCAAGAGUCAAAAACGCUGGUGGAAGUAGUUUAUAGGCCCCCAAACAGUAGCCAUAUCGUUAGAGCAUUAAAAAAUAAAUUAUUGGAGCUUGUAACAAAGACAAUGAAAUAAUUGUGAUGGGCUUGAAUCUCCAUAUAGAUUGGAAUAAUCACAUUGGCAAGACUGGUCUAGAAGGUGAGUUUGUAGGAUGUUUUCAUGACAGUUUCUUACAGUCAUACCUUGUGGAGCCAACUAGUAGUACUUAGAUCUAGUAUUUUGUAAUGAAGCAGGGUUAAUUAGUAAUGUCAUAGUAAAAGAUCCACUGGAAAAUUGUUACAAUAAUACAUUCAAUUCCAUGUUAAAUUUGAAAGUGACAUACUGCAAUCACAAACAAGAAUCUUAAACAGUCAGUACGAGGGGGAACUGACUAAGAUUGAUUGGAUAAAUAGACUAAAAGGUAUGGCGGUAAAUAAAUUGCAGGAAACAUUUAAGGAAACAAUUCAAAAUAUUCAACAUAAAUGCAUUUCAGUUAGAAAACAAAAACUCAGCAAGACAGGGCCAUCUGGCUCACUUGGGAAGUUAAGGAUAGUAUUAGAUUUUUUAAAAAGAGACUUAUAAUGUAAAGAACAACAGCAAAUCUGAGGAUCAAGAGUCUUUUAGCAACCACCAAAGGACCACCAAAAUGCUGACAAAAAGGGAAAAAAUAGAACGAGAGUAAACUAGCUGGAAAUAUAAACACAAGAUCGUAACAGUUUUUCUAAGUAUAUAAAAAGGAAGAGAAUAGCUAAAGUAAAUAUUGAUCCCUUAGAAUCAGAAACGGGAGAAAUUAUCAUGGGGAGUGAGGAAAUGGCAGAGGUAUUCAACAAAUAUUUUGUGUCUGUCUUCAGAAUAGUUGCAUGCCAGAAAUAGAGGGUAACCUAGAGACAAAAAGAAUGAGGAAAUUAAAAUAAUUAAUGUCAGCAGACAAAGUGUAUUGGAGAAUUUAAGGAACUAAAAUCUGACAAAUCCCCGAGACCUGUUGACUUACACUUUAGGGUUCUAAAAGAGAUAAAUCCGGAGAUAGUGGAUGUGCUGACUAUGAUUUUCCAAAAUCCCUUAGAUUCGGGAGCAGUCCCAUCAGAUUGGAAGUUGGCAAAUGUCAGUGGCAAGUUAUCAUUUAUCAAGUUAUCAUUGUGCUCUGUCACAGCAAUAUAUAGAAGAUAUAUUCCUGUUUCAGAGCACAGCAACAAAGACCCAUCAGAAGAGUCUUAUAUUUUGAUGUAGUACAAUUAUCGGUACAAAUUUGGUUAUCAAAAUAAAUAUGAAAUGUAAAAAGAUGUAACUAGAAACAUAAGAUAUUGCUAUCUUUUGAAUCCUCCUGAAUAGCUUUCAUAUUCUUAUAUUUUCUUUCUUACAAAGACCUUCCCACACAGAUACAUCUUCAAAUGCUUCAUUGGUUGUGUGUCUCUGGUGACUUUGUCAUCCUCCUUCAACAGUUGUACAGCUAGGUUUAAUAUAUUAUACUAUUUCAUGUCAUACUAAGAAAACACUGAUGUGAACUGGAAUGAAAAUGGAUAUAUCGUUUCUUCUGGUUCAUUCUCCUUGAUCUUUUUUAAAGGCUUCAUUACAUAUUGGCACUGGCAGCUAACUGAAUUGUUUACCUGUAAUGAUCUAUUAAACAUUUACUUUUAACCUGAUGAGGUGUCAGGACUCAACGACAGGCUAGUCUAUCACAAUCAUGCUAUAUAUUGUUGACCUGUUUAAUCAGAUAAACUGCUUGUGUCUACAGAUCUCCGUAAUAUGAUGGUGUAAUAAUAGUGUACUGUUGCAGAUAAAGUGCACUAUAUCUGAUAUUUGAUAAACUCUUUUAAAAUGA